AUGUCCCUUUUUAAGGUACUCCUAGAGAGAAUUCGACAAAAGAAAGAGGUUAUAGGCAAGCUGAGGUGUCAACCAUGGAGUAUGACAAGGAAAAAACGUACCUUAAAGUUAGCUCAAAAAUACCUGGAACAACACGAAUCACGCGUAUCUCGGACGCAUCUCUACAUGGAAGAGUUACGAAAACGGAUGCGUAUAUUAAAAAGAUCCUUCUCAAACUUCAAAACUUAUCUGAUACCAUGGGAAGGGAAAAUCAAACGUAUAGAAAGUCACUUUGGUUCCGUCGUUUCUUCGUACUUCACAUUCCUACGAUGGAUCGUGUUUGUAAAUGUGAUUAUAACGUUGAUUAUUGUUGCGCUGGUUGUUCUACCCGAGACUUUGGCUGACGCUGCUGCUGACGAAGCUCGACGAAACCGAACAGAAUCUCGGAAAGAAAUCCCUCAUAAUGAGCGGAUACAUGCUGAUGAAAUAGCUGUUGUUUGGCAUUAUGACGUAGGUUGCUCAAAUCCAUUCAGAUUUGGGAAUUCUCACAUUGGAUCAUAACC